AUGGCCAGCAACUCCACCUCUGUAGUUAGCCUUCCCAAGACGUCGUCAAGAUGCAUCUCCGAGAGCUUCACCGCGACGCACGAUUUCGAGGUAACCAAUUACCCUGAGCUCGACGGCAUGGGCGUCGGCGAGAUCGUUAGCUCAAGCACAUUCAGCGUUGCUGGCUACGAUUGGAAGAUCGACUUCUACCCGGACGGGUGUCGGGAGGAUUCUACCGGCGUUGCGUCAGCCUUUCUCUAUUGUGUCAGCGAGCUGGCGAAGGACGUGAAAACCAAGUUUACCUUCAAUAUGCUGGUAAAAGAGGGCAAAGCGCGGGUGUUGGUAACCAGCUUGGCCUUUUCAAAGUUUGAACAUGUCUUUUCGCCGGAAAAUGCCGUCUGGGGGUUGUCCCAUUUCGUUCAGAAAUCAGAGCUGAAAUCAUCGACCAACGUCAAAGGUUGCUACUUGAUCAUACGAUGCAAUCUCACCGUUACAAAAGAGCCUCGAACCGUGGCUAAGAGGAACCCUGUCGUGGUACCGCAGCCGAAUCUGCAAGACCAUCUCAGGCACAUGUGGAAAGAUGGACAAGGAGCAGAUGUGACGUUCAAUGUGUGUGGCCAACUGUUCCAUGCUCACAGGUGUUUGCUGGCUGCAAGAUCUCCGGUUUUCAAGGCAGAACUGUUUGGUCCCAUGAAGGAGAAGGCGAGCAUCGAGGUUGUCGACAUCGAGCCCCUAGUCUUCGAGGCGCUUCUUCACUUUGUGUACACGGAUUCCAUGCCUGAUGAUGAGCACUCCAAAGAUGUUAAAACGGCAAAGCUUCAGCACCUGCUAGUCGCCGCGGAUCGAUACGGGCUAGAUAGGUUGAGGGCGCUUUGUGAAAGCAAGCUCUGCGAGAGCAUUGACGUGGAGACUGUGGCAACAACACUGGUUUUGGCAGAGCAACACCAUUGCAAGGAUCUCAAGGAAGCUUGUGUUGAGUUCAUUGCUGCAUGGAAUGUGCUACCGGCUGUUAUGGCGACCGAUGGAUUCAAGCAUUUGGUUGCAAGCUGUCCUCUGCUCAUGAAGGAAAUACUGGACAAAGUUUCCUGCAGUGAUUAG